AUGCGGUUGGGCGAGUGGCUGGCUGGCGGCGACGAAUUGCCCCCGCCAGGCGCCUGCCAGGAGGAGGCGGCGGGCAGCCUCGCGCCGCUCCGGGCCGAGGCCGCGGCCGCGGCGGCCGCGCCCGCCGUGCCGGGCGGCUGGCUCGUGGGGGACUUGGCGGAGGUCGACGGCCCUCCGGUGGAGUACAAGCCCUACCUGGUGUGCCUGGUCGAGGGCGGCGAGGCGGUGGUGCGCGGCGAAGCGGGCCCCUUCGUUCGGGUGCCGCUGGCCGCGCUGCAGGCCUUCCGCUCCAGCAAUUCCGCAGCCCCGGUGCUGAUCUCAUGGCACUUCCGAGAGCUCAAGCACUUCAUCGAGCUUUCAGACAAGGAGGCGCUCCGGAACUGCGCGGACAUGCAGCGCCUGGUCGACAGUUCCUCGCGCGCGUACAUGGCGUUCCACUCCGCCUACCAGGGCGGCGGCGGGAUCCCCGAGACGGGCGGUGGAGUUGCGUUCCUCAUGCCCUACGACAGAGCUGAGCUCGCACUUCCUGCUGACCAGCACCCGCUGCGUGAAUUCACUUCGAUUGUCCCAAAGCGCAUCGCCGAGCUCCGCGUUCUUGACGCUGAACGCUUUCGCGAGCACUACAAGUUCAAUUUCGAGCGCUUCACUGCCAUGAUCGACUUCUCAGAUUUUGAUCCCAUCGGCAAAUGGCGCGCAACGAAGCGCAUCGUGAUGCUGGCGGCGCGCAAGCGCACUGCGGCUUGGGCGGAGAGAUGGAUCCCGCCAAUCUUCAUGUGCGCUGGCUACCACAACUACAAUGACUGGAUGGAGUGGUGCGUCCCGUACGUGACAGCAGUUCUGCGCAGACCUCAAUUCAGCGCCAACUUCCGCGUUGACGACUACACCGGCAACCUGGGCGCCCGCCGUGACAUGGCGGUGGGCAUUUGCGAGUUUGCGUGGCAGCGUUCGGUCCUCGCUGCGGGGCGGCUUGUCCAUCGUGGUCAUCUUGCUCGAUCCCCGCCUUCGCUGCUGCGGCCGACCCUCGAGGAAUUGGCGGGCGCCUGGGCCGCAAGCCACCGCGUGCACGUGCGUCUCAUCAAGCUCUCCUGCCCGCACGGGUGCUCACAGAAAGAGAGCGCCCACAACGUCGACGACAUCAGCCACUGCAUGAAGUCCGAGGAUGUGGUCACACCUGUGCUUGCCGAGGGGCCAGCGGGCUCCAUCCUGACGCGCGUGGCGUUCAACGGCAAGAAGGCCGGAGACUACCACAUCGACCACGCGAUCGCGCGUCCCGCGGUUGCUCUCAAGACCUACAACUACAUGCGGGCGCAGUGCGAGAUCAUCGGGCUGCCGAACACGAUCUACCACUGCACGGGGAUCCACCCCUAUGAUGAGGACCACCCGAACUCCGCCAUCGAUUUCAGGGUGCCCCUCCUUCAGACGGACUCCUACAAGAACGCAGCGGCCGUCGCCGCCUCCUCGCCGUGCCCUGAGGUGGUGCGUACGUACAGGUGGUCGCAGUUCUGGGGCAAGGAUCGGGAAUGCGUGGAUCAGUGGUGGUCGCAGUUCUGGGGCAAGGAAGAGGUCACGGAGUUCGAUGAGGCCCAUUUCAAGUGCGAGGGGAAGUUCCAGCAGAACUCCUCCCAGGGCCACAAGGAGUACCAGGACCGGCUCCGCGCCAUCCACCUCCGGGCGCAGGGGAUACCGAAGGCGGACAUCGCCAGGUCCCUGGGGAGAUCGGAGAAAUUUGUGGCGAAGUGGUGGCAGAAGGAGCAGCAAGAAGUGCCGAGGCCAUGGGGCGUUCACGAGUACCUGACCAAGGAUAUGGGCGCCAAGCAGUCGGGCGUCGGUGCCACCAGCAGCGCCCAGCUUCUCGACCAGUCUGCGUCGGACACCGCGACCUGGUGGCGAGACGUGGAGGCCACCAACGCCCGCACUCGCGACUUCGCCACCGGCGCUUUCCACCUCAAAUACGACCAACGUGGCAAUAUCAAGUGGGAGGGCCACCAGGCCGGGCGGUACAAGCAGGGAAUGUCGGCUGGGAUGGACAAGUGUCUGCAGAAGCUCUUCGCGGAGUACGGCAUCGCCGAUCGCACGUCGGGGGUGCUGACAAAUUGGUACCCAGACGGGAAGGGCUACCUUGUCCCCGUUUGCGGGGCCCUGAGCCAUCGCCACGAUUGCUGGACGGCGCUGUUCAGCUUCGGCUGCGAGCGCAUCCUGACCAUCGACAACACCCCGCUGCUGAUGCAGGACGGCGACCUCGUCAUCUUUGGCACACAGCGGCACGGCGUACCGGUGAUGCCAGAAAUCGAGGAAGGCCGCAUCACCUUCGUGAUAUUCUUCUACCCCGACAGCAUGCAGAAGCAGGGCAUGUGGCAGACGAUCACGGACCCAGACACCAUGGCGCCGUCGCGACCGCUGCAGCGCAUGAUCGCCGAGGGGGACCUCGGCGCUGCGGCCGAGCAGCAGGUGGUGGUGGCGUCUGGCAAGGUCCAGGCCCUCCAGGAGCUGGGCUUCUCCAGCGCGGACGCCGAGGCCGCGCUUCGCGUGAGCGGCCUCGACGUUGAGCGGGCCGCCGCGGCGCUGCUGCUGUCGAGCGCCGCCGCGGGCGAUGCCUGGCUCGGGCCCGCCACGGACGCGGCGGGGGAGGCCAACCGGGCUGAUCCCGACUGCCUCGACUCCGAGGCGCGCGGCCUGCCGCCCGCGCGCGAGGAGCAGCUGCCGACGCGGCUUGGCCGGUUCCGCAACAGGCACCCCGUGGCGCAGCCUGGCGGGGUGCCCGCGGGGACGAGCUGCAGCAGCUCCGCGAGCUGCUCGGCGCCCUCGGGCGAGUCCUCCACGGCCGCGCCGUCGUCGGCUGCGUCCUCCCACGAGUGCGGCAGCUCCGUGGGCUGCUCCGACGAGGCCCUGGCGGUGCGGCUGCAGUCGGAGGGCCCUGGCGGCGGCCCCGCCGCGGGCGAGAUGUCCGACGCCGAGGUCGUGGCGCUCGCGCUGCAGCUGGACGAGAUGGAGGCGGCGCGCGCCGCGGACCCGGCGCUGCUCGCGGCGCAGUUCGGCGAAUACGACGCCGCGCUCACGCAGGAGGACGCCGAGAGGUGGAAUGGCCAUGGUGACCUCAUGCACUCCCCCUUCUCCCGCGAGCACCUGGAGCUCGACAGGAUGGAGCCCGCCACGCUCUACUCGGUUGGCCAUGGCGACAUGCCCGAGAGGGACUUCUGGGAGAUGCUCCAGUGCCACUCCGUCCGCGUGCUCUACGACACCCGGCAGACGGACAGCAGAGGGGAGCUGUACUCCCGCCACCAGCGCUUCUCCGUCGCCAGCCUGCGCGCGCAGUGCCGCGCACGGGGCAUCUUCUUCAAGUCCAUGCCCAUCGGCAGGGAGUCGGCGUAUGUCGAACUGCCUUGUGCGCGUGAGGGCCGCCACACCCUCGUCGAGCUGGCGUGGCAGGGCAGGCGCAAGCGUACCGCCUUCCUCGGCCGCGAGGAGCUCUGGCGCGACGACGCCCGCCAGGUGACCGCCGAAGAGCUCGCCAGGGCCGGGCACCGCGUCGAGCACGUGCGCUCGGACGGCUCGACGGAGCGCCACGAGCCUGGCGUCCAGUACCCGGACUGGCUGGUGCGGGAGGCCGACCGCCUGCGGCUGCUGGAGAAGAAGAGGCAGGCGGGCGAAUUGGCCCGGCCGCAGAAGUCCAGGACCGACCGCAGCGCCGAGGUCAUCGCCUCGCAGCUGGCCCGGCCAGCGGAGGAGGUCGACGCCAUGCGGGAGAUGCAGGGUGCGGCCAACCAGAAGGAACUGGUCGUGGCCCAGCGCCGGCUCGCGCGCUUCCAGCGCGUCGCCGAGGAGAAGGGGGCCCUGGCCGCGAAGGUGGUCAAGAACGUCCCGCAGUGGAUCCAGGAGGACGCGCGCAAGCAGGCAGAGUGGGUCGCGGCCAAGAAGCUCGAGAAGAAGGCGCAGGACGGUUGCCCACCCGGCGCCGAGGCCGCCCUGGGCAGCCAGCCCAGCGCCGCCCGUGCCGAGGCGGAGGACGUCGACGUGGCCCAGCUAGAGCGGGUGGCGGGCGCCGCGCUCCACCGCGCCCUGCUGGAGGCGGCGGAGCUGGAGGAGGCCACCCUCGAGGAGACGGCGGGCCUCGGGCCCGCGGCGGGCGACGAGGCCGCGGCGGGCGGCGAGGGCGCGGCGGCGGCGGAGGGGCCGCUGGAGGGGAUCGAGGAGGGGACACGCGCGGAGGCCAGGGGGCCCGAGGCCGCGGAGGCGGCACCCGGGCGAGGCACCUGGAGGGGCCGCAGGAGGGCGGGGCAGGGCGGCUGA